AUGGAAGUAAUUUCACAAAAUCCCUCAAUUUAUCAUAUUCACAAAUCCAACCAAAACGACUCACAUAAUAAUAAUAAUAAUAAUAAUAAUAAUAAUAAUAAUAAUAAUAAUAAUAAUAAUAAUAAUAAUAAUUAUUAUUAUAACAAUAACAACAAUAAUAAUAUCAAUAAUAAUAAUAAUAAUAAUAAUAAUAAUAAUAAUAAUAAUAAUAAUAAUAAUAAUAUAAAUUCAAUUAAAUCACCAAAGAAAAUAUCGAUAAGUAAUUCAAAUAGUAGUAGUUUUUAUGAAGAAGGUGGAUUCGAUGAUAUGUAUCCAUCUUCAAGUAGCUUAUCUUCACCAAUGAUGUCAUCAUCUGGCAGUAUAAAUUCAAAAUCACCAUCACCAUACAAUGUAAAUAAACAACAACAACAACAACAACAACAACAACAACAACAACAACAACAACAACAACAACAACAACAACAACAACAACUUAAACAAAUUUCACCAUCAACAUCAUCAACAAGUUUAAUGAAUUCUCCAACUCCAUCGCCAUCAACUUUACCAAAUUCAAAUAGUCAACAACAACAACAACAACAACAACAACAACAAACAUGGAAGAGUUGUUGUGGUAAUUCAAGAUGUAUGUUAUGUGGUAAUGGUACACCACGUUGUCUUUGUAUGAAUCAUCCAUCGUGGACAUUAAUACUUAGAGUUGUAUUUUUCUCAUUAUCACAAUUGUAUCCAGAUAAGGAAUUCUUUAAUUUAAAGAAAGAAGUUUACGUUUACUUGAAUGACCAUUGGGAGAUUUUAUCACCAAAUCAAAAACAAUCUCAUAAUUGGAGACGUCAAGUCCAAGAUGCUCUAUCACAUUCCAGAUUCUUUAGAUCUGGUAGACACACUCUAAGAUGUAAUGGUUAUUGGCAAUUGAAAUUACAAUGUAAUCCAUGGAAAUAUAUAAACUCUAAACAAUUUGAAGCUUUAAAAAUUGAUGAACCAGGUUCACCACAAGAUGAUUUCAUAAAUUAUUUCCCAUACAAUGUUCCAGGUGAAAAACAAGUUUCAUUACAACCAAGAACUUCUUCAUCACUCUCAAAUUCACCUUCACCAACUCCAACUAUUAAUUCAACUCAAACUACUCCAACAACUUCUCCUGAAAUCGCUUGGAUAAUAUCUUCACCAAAAUCAUUAUCUUUAACAAAUUUAAAAUCAAAUCAAACUCAAACUCAAAAUCAAAAUCAAAUCCAAAAUCAAAAUAAUCAAAAUAAUCAAAAUAAUAAUAAUAAUAAUAAUAAUAAUAAUAAUAAUAAUAAUCAUAAAAUUAAUAAUUUAAUUAUAUCAUCAUCAUCCUUGAAUUCAAUUAAUAUUGAAGGAUCAAUGGAUUAUAAUGAUUUAUCAUCACCAUCAAGUAAUUAUCAUUCUGAUGAUAUUCCAUCAUCUCCACUUUCAAAUUCAUCACCUUCAAUUAAUAACGCUCCAUUAAAUACUAGCCAAGAUUCAAACUUUAAUUUCUCCGCACUUACAACACUUUCCAACUUUUCAUUAACUCAACAACCUGUAUCAAUCCACUUCCCAAAUUCUUUAAAAUCAAGUGGAAAUAAUAUAAAUAAUACAAACAAUAAUUAUAAUAAUAAUAAUAAUAAUAUAAAAAAUAAUAUAAAUAAUAAUAAUAAUAAUAGUAUAAAUAAUAAUUAUAAUAAUUAUAAUAUAAAAAAUAAUGAAAAAAGCGAAAAUAAUAAUGAAAAAAUUAAUCAAAUGAAAUCAAUUUUAAAUUGUACACUUUAA